UUCCUGAAAUGCAUUAAUGGUAAAUGUCAAUAUGAUAUGCCGGAUGUUUAUGUUAAUUUCAUCCAAGGUGGAAAUAAUUUGGAAGGAGUAUAUGUGACAAAAACAUUCAAUGAAAAAAAUUGGAAAGUAAAUUGGAAUGUUCUUUUUGCAAUUGUUUAUGCUACAAUGACACCAGCUAAAAUUGGUGCAGGGGAUGAGCAAAAUGUUAUUACACCAUAUGGUUUAUGUCAUUAUCGUUUCUCAAAACUACGUGACAAAAUAUUUCGGCGACAAAUAAACCAUUGCAAAUUUGAUGGUAUCCGCAAUUUUACAGCAAUUGAUGACCUUACACAACACAAUUAUCAACAUUCUGUUGUUUACAUACAAAAUACCAAAUCAAAUGCAGAUAUUAUCGAUAUUGAAGCUGAAGAGAUGAUGAGUCUGAAGAGCUCGUUAAUUCCUGAUUGGAGCCUAAUUGUGGAAACUCAGGUAAAAAUGAAAAUGACAAAUCGUACCGUUCUUUUUGCUAAACCUUUCUGUUCGACGAAAUUAUCAGUUGAUGAAUGCGCUCAGACUGUAUUCAAUGCAAAACGAAUGGGCAGAAAUUGGAAGGAAAUUAAUCAAAAAUUGAAUAUUGGAAUUAAAAAAGAGCGAUCAAAGCUGAAAUUCAUCCUACAAAAAAGCAACAACGAAUUUCCAAAUAAGAAAGCCGAUAGUUUAGCAUCAAUUUUAAACAGUAUACUAUUCGCUACAGAUAAGGAUUUAUUGGAUGCAAUAAAAGAAUUUAGAAAUACUCCAAUUAUGUCAGUAUUUGUGGAUGCUAUUGGAUUAGCCGGUACAAUGACAUCGUAUACUGUUGGCAAAAAUGCUUUUACUACGGAAGUUCCAGAAUUUCUCGAACGUUUCCUUCAAGCUCUCUCACAAACGACAAAGAUUGAUAUUGCGAUUAUUAAUGAUCUAAAGACUUGGAUGAAAAGUACAAAUGAUGAGUAUUAUGUUAAGCAUAUAGCAUUUACUAUUGCAAAUAUUUAUCGUCGCUACUGCGAUUCAACAAAAAGUCGCAAAUAUGCAUGCGAAAAUGGAAAAAAUCAAGAUGUAAAUGAAUUCACAGAAUAUAUCAUUACGCGAUGUAAAGAUGAUAGCAAUUGUCAGAAAAGUGCACUGCAAAUUUUUGAAAAUUUGCCAUUAUUAAAUUUAUUACCUUAUGCAAUUCAAUUUCUAUGUAAAUCAAGUAAUAAUACAAACUUAGUACAACGUGAAGCACUACGAUUCCUUCAACUUUUUGAUGGAAAACAUUUUCAUUGGAAGACAAUCAAUAAAUUACUUUCUAUCUUUCGUAAUGCAUGUCCAUUACGUCAAACAAUCACCGAUCAAACGCUUGCAAUCGAAGUACUGCUAAAUAUUCUACCAUAUAAAGAAUUGGUUGGAACCUAUUUGCUCAGAUCUGAAGAGCUUUUUCCAAUAGAACACGAAAAAUGGGCUUACUUUUAUCAAAGCAUUACUCGAAGACGGCAAAUUUCACCUGAUUUCAAUUCAUAUUGGGCCAAAAUGCGUUCAUUUCGAAUAUUUCAACCAAAUUAUGCUCAUCGUAGUUUAAAAGCUACCUCAGAUGUUUCUACAGUCAAUAUUGCAGGUAAUUAA